UUUGGAUUUAGGUAACUAUGAAGGCUUCCUAGAUGUUACUCUAACCAAAGAGAAUAACAUAACCACCGGAAAGAUAUAUUAGUUCGUCCUCGAGAAGGAACGAAGAGGUGAUUAUCUCGGAAAAACUGUUCAGGUUGUUCCGCUCAUCACGGAUGCUAUUAAGGAUUGGAUUCAGUCAGUUUCUCACAUUCCUGUGGACGGAAAAGUGGGUCCUGCGAUUUCUGUGAAAUAGAAUUGGGAGGCACUGUGGGUCAGAAUGCUGCUUAAAACAGACAUUUUAAUGUGUCUGGAACUCUCUCCGUUCCUUUGUUUCACUUAUUUCAGCAGAGAGAUGAUUGAUUUAUAUGUGCUUUUUGGUGUGGGCGCGGGGGUUCUUCAGGCGACAUUGAAUCAAUGCCAUUCAUCGAAGCUUUGCGACAGCUAUUUUUUUUUCAGCUGGGCAAGUAAACUUCUGCCUCAUUCAUGUCAGCCUAAUACUCGUCUUGGGUGCUGUUGGGGAGCAAAAACUAAGCCUACACAGCAUAGUGUGCGGGAACUUAGAGCCUUAGGCUUGACUCCUCAUCUGCUCGCUUGUCGCUCUGCUCAGCCCUUAUUGGAUAAUACAAAACAGAAACUUCAACAAUUCUGUCAUGUUCCGGUAAAUUUGUUGGCUAGAUUUUGUUUUUGUUCUUUUAGUUUAGGUUUAUUUGACUGACAAUAUUAUGCAUCCUUGUGGCCCCUCAUAGGCUCCUAACAUCCUUAAUGUUCAUGAUGUGCCUAACAUUUGGCAUAUUCUCCUCUUUCUAAGAGUAUGUUUCGUAGCAGUUCUUCUAUUUCUCUAGAAGGGAUAAAGCAAUAUUUGCC